AGCGGGGGGCACAGCCCUCAGGCAGGCCCCUGUCGUCCCCUCUGUCGUCCCAGAGCGGGGAGCAGGGCCCUGAGAGUCUGCCUUAUGUGUGGAGCUGACCCAGGACUAAGACCAGGUGUGUUGGCAUGUGGAUAUGAGAGGAGACUGGGGGAUUGGGACAGUGGGGCUUAGUUCAGUGCCGUGCAGACCUCUUAAGUCAUGGAAGGAGCUGUCCAGAUGAGAUCUCACGGGGAGUCCUGGUUUGUAAAAAGGGUCGCUGCUCAGGGCGGAGGAGGUGAGGGUGUGUGGAAGACUCGGACUCCCCAAGGCACUUCUCUAAAUCAAAAAAAUGCAGUUUGAAAACUACUGGACUGAGGAACAUGGGGGUCUCUUCCAAUGGCAAGAAUCUCGGACCCUUGGUUGGAGCCUGAUCAAUCCAUUCACCCUGACCCACCUCAGUCCACUCCACGGCUCCACAGCCGGGAGGUGCCCUGGUGACGGAGGGCCUGGCGUCCAGGCCCUUGGCCACCACUGCCAGUAUUCCAGUCGCCCUUGGUGAUGGGGGGACAGCCUCCCACCCAGACUCAUUAUCCAAUUUGCUUCUCCAAAUUUUUCGGGAGAUCCCAAAUGGAGUCUACCGUACCUCCUGCCACUAAGUCAACUUUUGUUGCCACGUUUGCCUAAAUCUACAGGCUAAAGUUGGUCUCAGUGGUCAAGCCCCAGACCUGGGCCAGCGGCCUAGGUUGACCCCCAGCAUGGCCAUUCCUGGGCUGUGUGACCCUGGGGCACAUUGCCAGACCUGUGUGCCUUAGUCCCCCAUAGAUAAAGGGGCGAGGACAGUACCCACCUCACUGUCCCGUGAAGGCUGAGCAAGGGCAUGGCACAAGGCAACACGGUCCUGUCGGUCUGUCCCGGACCGCUCCCCCAGGUUACUGACUCUCCUGGGUCCUCCUGCCUUGCAGCGCCAGCCCCUCCUUUCUGCGCCCCCUGCACUCCUGAGUCAGCAGGCCUCCAACCCCACACAUGGCCCCCACCUCAGGACCCCUGGUGGGAGGGGACACACUGGGUCCCUGCUGCAAGCCCACACUGCUGACCGGUCCUGCCCUGCCUGCUCCCCCCAGCUGCUCACACACCCGGUCCCUGUGCCCAGUCUCGCCUGGUUGCCAGCAGUUCCUGAACCAGCCUGGCUCCCCUCCCUCUAUGCCUUUGCUUGGGCUGCUUUCUCUGCCUGGACUUCCUCCCCUGGAGGACAUCCCCCAGCAUCUAUCCUGGCUGUGCUGCCUCCGGCCCCACCCUUCCCCGGCACGAGCAUCUGGGCAUGCUCUGGUCUUCUAACUGGAAACCUCUGAAGGAGGGAUUUUGCCCAGCACCUGGUUGGCACUUAAACUGUUCGUGAAUAAACAAACACGUCACUUUUUAAAAGUGGGAUUUCCGACAUUCAAAAGUAUAAGCUGGUGCUGCGUUCCUGACUCAGCGAACGUUCCUGAGGUCUGGCAGGAGUGCGGGGUCUGCUGGGUGGUUAGACACCCAGGGGCUCAGUACCACGUAGGUCCCAGUGCCUGCUUGGGGAGGGAGGCACUUCCCCGGGGAGGGUCUGGGGACAGGGUUUCUCUCCCUGGAAGAAGCCGAGCCUCAUGCCUUGCUCUUCGUUUCAGGCCGACUUAACAUCACCUACCCCAUGCUGUUCAAACUGACCAACAAGAACUCGGACCGCAUGACGCACUGUGGCGUGCUGGAGUUUGUGGCUGACGAGGGCAUCUGCUACCUCCCGCACUGGAUGAUGCAGAACCUGCUGCUGGAGGAGGGGGGCCUGGUUCAGGUAGAGAGCGUCAACCUGCAGGUAGCCACGUACUCCAAGUUCCAGCCCCAGAGCCCCGACUUCCUGGACAUCACCAACCCCAAGGCUGUGUUAGAAAACGCAUUGAGAAACUUUGCGUGUCUGACCACCGGGGAUGUGAUUGCCAUCAACUACAAUGAGAAGAUCUAUGAGCUGCGGGUGAUGGAGACUAAGCCUGACAGGGCUGUGUCCAUCAUCGAGUGUGACAUGAACGUGGACUUCGAUGCUCCACUGGGCUACAAGGAGCCGGAGAGACAAGCCCAGCAUGAGGAGGCAGCCGAAGGUGAAGCUGACCACAGCAGCUAUGCUGGGGAGCUGGGCUUCCGCGCCUUCUCCGGCUCCGGGAAUAGACUGGAUGGGAAGAAGAAGGGUGUAGAGCCCAGCCCCUCCCCAAUCAAGCCCGGAGACAUCAAGAGAGGAAUUCCCAACUAUGAAUUUAAACUUGGUAAGAUCACGUUCAUCAGAAAUUCACGUCCACUGGUCAAAAAGGUUGAAGAGGAUGACGCUGGAGGCAGAUUCGUCGCUUUCUCUGGAGAAGGACAGUCUCUGCGUAAAAAGGGAAGAAAGCCAUAGGUUGGGACCAUUGGCUGAUUGGAAAAUAAAAUAAUUGCAACAUGCUGGCUUUUAGUUACUGGCUCUGACAGGGACACUCUGUCACUUUAGGUCUGUUUAGAGUUACCUAAGAAUUACCAGGUUUCACCUGCAAGUGGACAGCAGGACAGCAGUUUGUGUGCGUGAUUUGGGGAAAGAGGAGGCCGUCUCUGAGAUCCCUUACUCACGCUCCUUGCUUUCAGCCCUCGGGGCAUGCCCACAGCCUCAGCUGGAGCAGAGUUCCCUGAUUCCUGCUAAAAACCAGUGAAGGGAUUGAAUUGCUCUAAGUUGUGGUGGUCUUUCUCUUUUUUUCAUUUAUCUUUUCUUUCUCCAGGUCAUAGCUUAGCUGUUGCCUUUGACCUGGAAAAAAGUGGUUUAAACAGAUAAGUGCUCUAUAAAUAGUGGUCAUCCCAUUACUCUGGCUGCAAUUUAAGUAUUUGAGGAAGGGUGUUUCCAUUUUUAUUUUACAUAUUGAUUUUUUCCCCCCAAGAAACCAUUCCUCAGAAGGAAAACUCGACCUGAAAGCAUUUCUAACUUUGAUUUCAUUUGGAAAUAACUGGCUCCUUAAUGAAUCUGUUCUACUGUAAAACAACUUUGUGGUGAAGCACAAAUGUGAUUAUUAGAAUAAAUGAAAGCUAAAGAUACGUUCUUUCUCCUUUCCUACCCCCCACUCCCAGUUUUAAUGUAUUAAAUUUUCCAAAGUUCUGCUGGCCUGUCUUUAUUUUUUUUACUAGUAUUAAUUUAGUUUCAGGUCUUCAAUUUCUAUAAUAUGAGCUCUUUCGACAUGUUAAUUCAAUUAUUUUCCUCUCUUUGAAAACAAUUCUAAAUCAAGAAUUUCAAAUAAAAACAGGCAGUGACUAAAACCUGAA